CGCCUACCUUUGUAUUUUUAACAAAUAAAACAUAUCGCAUAAAUUCUUACUUAAACGGCCUAAGCUAGCCCGAAACACACGAGCACGCUACGGGCCGGGUUCGAGCGUCAAUUAUUAAGCCCGCUAUAUGGAUGGAUCUGGUCUCAACGUGACUUCCCCAUUUUGAUGAGGAGGGAGGGAAGACGGUAUAAAUCUAGCAAAUUUAAAAUCGUUUAAUCUCUUACUGAAAAGAACAAUUUUGUAGCUUUGGCUUAACUGAAAAACCCUAGGUCAAUGGAGGAAGCAGCUAACGGAAGUGAGCCUUCAGCAUUGACGGAGAAGACGACGGAGGUGGAGAUAGACGAUGGUCCGGUCAUAGGUCCAGGGCCAGCUCCUCGUGCUCGGCCUAAGCGGCCUCUUCAAUUCGAGCAGGCAUAUCUUGAUUCUCUCCCUUCUGCAAACAUGUAUGAGAAAAGCUACAUGCACCGAGAUGUGGUCACACAUGUUGCUGUGUCCUCAGCAGAUUUUUUUGUCAGUGGGAGUGCUGAUGGCCACUUAAAGUUCUGGAAGAAAAAGCCUGCUGGUGUUGAGUUUGCGAAACACUUUAGGUCUCAUCUUGGUCCAAUUGAAGGCCUUGCUGUAAGCAUUGAUGGAAUGCUUUGUUGUACAAUAUCCAAUGACCGAGCUGUAAAGAUAUACGAUGUAGUCAACUAUGACAUGAUGGCCAUGAUACACCUUUCAUUUGUACCUAGUUCUGUUGAAUGGGUUUACAAACAAGGGGAUGCUAAAGCAAAGUUAGCUGUUAGUGAUUGUAAUUCCUCUUUUGUGCACAUAUAUGAUGCACGAGCUGGUUCCAAUGAACCUAUCCAAUCUAAAGAGAUACACUUGGCCCCAGUUAAAGUAAUGAAGUACAAUCACAUCUUUGAUACUGUGAUAUCAGCUGAUGAGAAGGGAAUCAUUGAAUACUGGAGUCCUACUACACUUCAGUUUCCUGAAGACGUCGUGAGCUUCAAAUUAAGAAGUGAUACCAAUCUUUUCGAAUUUGUGAAGUGCAAGACUACCAUAUCUUCCAUUGAGGUUAGCUCAGAUGGUAAGCAAUUUUCUAUUACUUCUCCUGAUCGUAGAAUCCGUGUGUUUUGGUUCAAAACUGGUAAAUUAAGGCGUGUUUAUGACGAAUCUCUCGAGGUGGCACAAGAUCUACAAAGAAGUGAUGUACCUUUGUACCGACUGGAUGCUAUUGAUUUUGGAAGAAGAAUGGCCAUAGAAAGAGAAAUUGAGAAAACUGAAAAUGUGCCACAACCCAAUGCUGUUUUUGAUGAAAGUUCAAAUUUUAUUAUUUAUGCAACACUCCUAGGGAUCAAAAUUGUGAACCUGCAUACCAACAAGGUUGCUCGAAUUCUUGGCAAGGUGGAGAGCAAUGAUAGAUUUUUAAGAAUUGCCUUGUAUCAAGGUGAUAGAAGUAACAAAAAAUUCCGAAAACUUCCUACAGCAGCAAAUGCUAAUGAAAGCAAGGAGCCUCUGAUGGAUCCUACUCUCAUCUGCUGUGCUUUCAAGAAACAUAGGAUUUAUUUGUUCAGUCGGAGAGAACCUGAAGAACCCGAUGAUGUAAAUAAAGGAAGAGACGUGUUCAAUGAAAAGCCUCCUCCCGAGGAACUUUUGGCUGUAUCAGAAACUGGAAAGACAGUCACAACUUCUCUUCCAGAUAAUGUGAUCUUGCACACUACGAUGGGUGACAUUCAUAUGAACCUAUACCCCGAAGAGUGUCCGAAGACAGUGCAGAACUUUACAACACACUGCAGGAAUGGGUAUUAUGACAAUCUGAUAUUUCAUCGGGUUAUCAGAAACUUUAUGAUACAGACAGGAGAUCCACUAGGAGAUGGCACUGGUGGGCAGUCAAUUUGGGGUAGGGAGUUUGAAGAUGAGCUUCAUAAAAGUUUGAGACAUGACAGGCCAUUCACGCUAUCAAUGGCUAAUGCUGGACCAAACACCAAUGGCUCUCAAUUUUUCAUCACCACCAUUGCCACCCCGUGGCUGGACAAUAAGCACACUGUUUUUGGCAGAGUUGUGAAAGGAAUGGACGUUGUUCAGGCAAUAGAGAAAGUGAAGGUGGACAAAAAUGACAAGCCAUAUCAAGACGUUAAGAUAUUAAAUGUGACCGUCCCAAAGUCCUAAAAGUAGUUUUGAACGACGUGUUUUUUGGGGGUGUGACAUUUUGUAUAUCUCCUCCCCAUAUCCUAGACCUAGUUGUCCUUGCAGAAGUGAGCACGGUGCACUUGCACGGGUACCAAGUAAGAACUGCAACCUGUACUUUGUUACAAAGACUCGGCUGUGCAUGAUUUGUGACGAAGCUGAGAACUCGGAAGCAGACUAACAUGAUCCAAAUUAAGUGUGUACUAUUAUUUUUAUCUUUUGUGUUAUGUUUUUUUUCUUUUACACUCUCAUUUUCAUAAAUUUUGUGUACAAAGUGAAACUGGUAAACUACAUAUGGACCAAUGGAGCAACUGUUUUUUUUUCUUUUUGCUGUAAACUGGAGAGUGUUAAAUAUGGUAGAUAUAUUACUUAUAUUAUUUAGAAUAUUUGUUUCUUUAUUUACCUUGACUUUACCUCAUUACAUACAUGUAUAAAUACACCAACCUAUGAUGAAUAAAGGACUGAGUUUACAACAUCUUCAUUGUUUUUCAAGAACGAAAUAUGUAAUUUUUAUAAACACUUUCAUAAAAUAUAAUUGUAUUAUACUCCUUCCAUUCAAAUACUCCCUCCGUCCAUAAAAGAACUUCCCGGUUUGACCGGGCACGCAUAUUAAGAAAAAGUGUAAAUGUGAUUGACUUUCCCAAAACACCCCUCAACCUCUUUCUCUUCUCUUCCGUACUCCAGCACACUUCUCUCCCAGUCUCCGUAGGUCUCUGUUUUUGGUAGACAAAUCGAUUUAGCCCCCCACCAAAGAGCAUCCAUAGGCGAGGCAAGGUGUAAGCCGCCGACAAGCUUGUAGCGAUCGGCAAGGAAAGAUACGGCAAUCGCGAUCCAAAAUAAGGCAGCAACGAUCGGACGACGCAAACAAAGCAGCGGCAAAAUUGAUAUUUACAAUAAUUAACGGUAGAUCUGCGCAAUCCGACUGCCGUCUUGCUACUCCAAUGGUACUUCUGACCGCCGCCUCACUGUUACAUGUGUCACCAACUGCUGCUAUAAAUUUGAAUUAACAAA